GGAGCACAAUACCAGGAUGGGACGUUUUCUUGAUGUGGUUGUCUGGCCUGGAUCAACCUCAAUGAAAUGAAGUCUCUACCCAUUCACAAUAAAUUAUAAAUGAAACUUGCUAUGCCUUCAAAUUCACAUAAAGAAAUGUGAUUAUUUUCUGAUGUCCUUAUCCUAUUCCGUUGGGCCUAGCAUUGAUGACACUUUAUACUUGAGGAUAUUACUUUGAUUUUCUACAAUUUAUUCAGUACUUCAGUAAAUAGUAGUACACUGAUCUUAUGUAGUAACUUAGAUUAUUCCCUGGAUUCUUUGUUUUUUUGUUGUGCGCAGAGCAUAGUGGGUGGGCCUCUCUUGUUGAUGGAGCUGGCUUUUCUUUUGAGAGGUGUUGGUACUGAUGUCUGGUGGAUCACAAAUCAAAAACCAGCUGAAACAGAUAAUGUCAUAUACAGUUUGGAACAUAAAAUGCUUGACCGAGGAGUACAGGUUCUCCCUGCAAAGGGCCAAGAGGCAAAAGAUGCUGCUCUAAAAGCAGACUUGAUUGUUUUAAACACAGCAGUUGCUGGAAAGUGGCUAGAUGCUGUUCUCAAGGACAAUACUCCUCAUGUCCUCCCCAAAGUUCUCUGGUGGAUUCAUGAAAUGCGAGGCCACUACUUCAAUCUGGAUUAUGUAAAGCAUCUUCCAUUUGUCGCUGGUGCAAUGAUUGAUUCCCAUGUAACAGCAGAGUACUGGAAGAAUAGGACAACAACACGCUUAGGGAUCAAGAUGCCUAAAACCUACGUUGUUCACCUUGGAAAUAGCAAAGAGCUAAUGGAAGUUGCAGAAGACAGUGUUGCAAAAAGGGUUUUGCGUGAACAUGUUCGCGAGUCGCUCGGAGUUCGAAAUGAAGAUAUACUGUUCGCUCUCAUAAAUAGCGUGUCUCGUGGAAAGGGUCAAGACUUGUUUUUGCACUCUUUCUAUGAGAGCUUGCAACUGAUUCAACAUAAGAAGAUGCAAUUGCCUUCUGUCCACGCUGUUGUUGUAGGAAGUGACAUGACUAGUCAAAGCAAAUUUGAGAUGGAACUUAGGAACUUUGUACAACUUAAGAAGAUCGAAAGCCAUGUUCAUUUUGUCAAUAAGACUCUGACUGUUGCACCAUAUCUUGCUGCUGUUGAUGUGCUUGUGCAAAAUUCUCAGGGCCGGGGAGAAUGUUUUGGUAGGAUUACCAUUGAAGCCAUGGCUUUUCAGCUUCCUGUGUUGGGAACAUCAGCUGGCGGUACACAAGAAAUUGUUCUGAACAAGACAACUGGUUUGCUACACCCUGUUGGAAAAGAGGGCAUAAUGCCUCUUGCCAGAAACAUGGUCAACCUUGCCUCUCAUGUUGAGAGGAGGCUCACGAUGGGUAAGAAAGGCUACGAGAGGGUAAAACAAGUGUUUCUGGAGCGUCACAUGGAAGAGCGAAUUGCUUCCGUUUUGCAGGAUGUGCUUCAGAGGGCAAAAACGCCACACGCUCUGAGUAUAAAGAGAGUAAAUUAAGACCUCACAGGUUGUAGUUGUAGGCUUUCUUUAAGGGCAGAUGAUUGAUAUUUUAUGCUUGCUGAUUUGUAUAGACUGUUAAAUGGCAUUUUUUCUGGAAACCAAAGUAUAAACAGACCAAUUCUCAGCAGUAUUCUAAUAGAGUUGUUUUUCUCUU